GAUUAAACAACAUUAUCGACCCCUCCACCUUCUAUUAAAUCCUGCCUGAAAACAGAGCAAAACAGAGAGAGAGAGAGAGAGAGAGAGAGAGAGAGAGAGAGUGUGCAAUGGCGAAACCACACGCAGUAAUAGUGCCACACCCAGCACAAGGCCACAUUAACCCAAUGCUCAAAGUGGCAAAACUCCUCCACCAAAAGGGCUUCUACAUCACCUUCGUCGUCAACGAGUUCGUCGGCCGGCUGUACCUCAAAUCCCGAGGCCCAAACGCCCUCGCCGGCCUUCCGGAAUUCAAGUUCGCCGCCGUGCCCGACGGUGUCGACUUCGGCGACGGCCUUCCGGACCCGAUCGUCCACUGCGACCAACUGAUGAAAGACGUGCCCUACCCUUUCUUCAAAAAGUUCGUGGACGAGCUCGGAUCGUCGCCGGACGUUCCUCCGAUCACGUGCGUCGUGUGCGACGGGAACAUGACGUUCGCGCUCAAGGCGGCGGAAGAAAUCGGCGUCCCGUGUGCGCUGUUCUGGACCCCGAGCGCUUGUGGGUUCUUGUGCUACUCCUACUUUCACAAGCUCGUUGAACAGGGGAUUUUGCCACUCAAAGAUGAGAGUUGUUUAACGAACGGGUAUCUCGACACAGUUGUUGACAUACCGGGGCUGGAGGGCAUACGUUUGCGGGAUCUCCCGAAUUUCGUCAGAACCACCAACCCGGACGAUGUCAUGUUUAAGUUCUCCAUCAGCGAGACUGGGAAAUCUCAUAGAGGUUCUGCUAUUCUUCUGAACACAAUCGACGCAUUGGAGCGCGACGUUCUUGAUGUUCUUUCAACAAUGUUUCCUCCGACAUAUGCCAUAGGCCCUCUUCAGUUACUUGAGGAGAAGCAAAUACCUGAAAAUAGUGAGCUAGAGACUAUUGGAUUGACUAUGUGGACAGAGGAUUUAGAUUGUCUUGAAUGGCUGGAUAAAAAAGAACCCAACUCGGUUAUUUACGUAAACUUUGGCAGCGUGGCUCGGAUGACGGCCAAGGAGCUAUUUGAAUUUGGCUGGGGACUUGCCAAUAGCAAGCAAAACUUUUUAUGGGCAAUCAGACCUGAUUUGGUAUUGGGUGAAUCUUCUGCUUUCCCACCAGAGUUCGAGGCCGAAAUCAAAGAAAGGGGUCUAUUGGUAGUUUGGACUCCUCAAGAAAAAAUCCUCAAACACCCGUCUAUAGGAGGGUUCUUGACCCAUUGCGGUUGGAAUUCGCUUCUUGAAAGCAUUGUUGGUGGGGUGCCGAUGAUAUGUUGGCCUGCUCAUGCCGAGCAGUACACCAACUGCUGGUUUGUUUGCAAUCACUGGGGACUAGGGAUGGAGAUAACUGAGGUCAAGAGGGACUUAGUGGAGAGGCUUGUGAGGGAGUUGAUGGUCGGAGAGAACGGGAAAAUGAUGAAGGCAAAAGCCUCGGAAUGGAAGAAGGCUGCUGAAGAUGCUGUCACUGCUCCAGCCGGAUCAUCUUACGUGAAUUUCGACAACCUAGUUAACGAGGUGCUCCUAUCCAAAUUCCAAUCCUCUUAAGUGUGUCACUCUACUAUGACGAAAUUUAAAUUUCUUGACUCAGUACCGUUUGUUUGAGUCUUUCUGUACUUCUGUAACUCUGGAUCUUGUUUCUUUUUCUUUUCCUUUUUUGACGUUACGUUUUGCUUUUGUUGGGUUAUCUUAUUUCAAUAAAACACCAUUGUUCAAUAGUUUGGCUA